CUUGAGACAAGCACCACUUAACCAGUAGAAUAGAGAACUUUUGGACGUGUUGUCUCGGCUGUACUGCAGAUGAUGGAAAUUAUUAGUGAACAUGAAGAUCUGAUAUGAGAGUUCUGUACCUUGUCUGGUAGAAACAGGAAGCUAUGUAUUUUGCCUUCAUCCGCCGUUGCAUACUGGUCAUUGAAUGCAGGGGGAUUUUCACCCAACGUGUACGUCUGCCUAAAGUGCUAUCAGGCUUUCAAACCAGGGAACACAUAGCAUGGAUAGGGGGCAGCAGCUGCAUUCAAGCUGAGACAAACCAGUGCCACUUGGUUGGUCAGCAGAGGAGAAAGACAAAUGGCAAAAGUACACCGGAAUUUCAGCCCGAACCGCCCUCCCACAAACAGCAGAAGUAUUUAUAUGGGCCACGAGAGAGGGAAAUAAUUCAGAAUUAUGAAAGGAGAAAUAAAAGAGUAUCUCUCAGCUGGUUGACAGUGUAUCGAUAUAUAGAGGCACUCUGGACAAAGAUAUGGGGAGGGAAAAGUGUUAUAGAAGAUAACAAACGAAUGUCUAGUGCCUUCCAGGCACUUUCGGACAACAAUCUUUUGUCUGACCUUGGUGGCGUCGCCUGUAACAAUCUUCUGUAUAUGGCAUUGAAUACUAAGACUGCCUCUAAACCUUUCCUCAUGGAGCUUGAAAAUCAUUGCGCAUUGUUUUGGCAUUCGUGGCCUCUGUACACAAGGAUUCAUCAGGCACAGCUGUGGCUUUUCUUGUCCAAGAAAUAUGACCACAUGUUCAUGAAGAGCGAGAUUGAAGAUUUUCUUCAGUCUGUUACAUUAGAUCCCGCCUACUCACGCCUACAUGUUGUUGACACAUUGCUGCUGUGCCAAGUUCUUAUCUACCACAACCAGUUGAGUGUGUCCAUGAAGUCGCCUUUAAGUAAGGAAUUAAAGAGCAAGCUGAAGGAUGUUGUUGGUGUUAUUGAAAAAAGGAUAUUUCUGGAUGAAAAAAAUGAAAUGAGUGAAAUUAAUUUACAAAAUGUACAGGAUAUUAUUCUGAUUAAGAACUUGUUGAAAAGAAAUGCUGUUGAAAUGGUUGUACCCAUGUUGGAAUUUCUACAAAGAAAAUGGCAGCUACACUGUGAAGAUAGAAAAAAAAAGCCAACUUCCACGGAUGAAGAGCUCUUUUUUAAAUGUUUAAUAGGUGUAAUAGAAACAAUUAACGUGGCCCACGUGGAUUACCUUUCACGGAUUGCUCUCCUCGCCUAUGCUGGGGACAUGGUCAAGACAUGUACCAGCCAAUUUCAGCUGCCCCAAAGAGCAGCGCUGGUUUUCCGCCUAACACAGAAGGGAUACUAUAACCAGGCUCUCAUGGAUGAUGUCAUUUCCAGUUUCCUAGGAGACGUCAAGGGAGCAGGUAAAGUUGCGGACUUCACUGUGAUCACCACACUCUUGCAUACCUCUGCAGCCAUGGACUACAGCCAUUCUGGUUUCCUGAACAAAGUCUCUGAACAACUACUCCUUCCCUCGACGAGGCUGGAAAUAAAUCGCCACCCACAGAUAUUGCUCCCCAUAUUAAACGCUUUGCUGUGUCUGGGGGCGAACUGUGAUGGUCUCUUCGACUUGCUCUUCAGCCAGAAAUGCAUGAUGGGACUUGUGGGGAAUGUGCUGCAGAAUCCCAAUCAUGCCCAUCACAAGGUUUUGCCUGUUCAUCUAAACAGAGUCUGUGGUCUUUUGGAAGUUGAAGGAAUUGUUCGGCAUGCAGUAAGAAUACCAUCAGAGAUAUAUGACAUGUCAGUUAUGAAAGAAGCCAUUUCUAGUCCAAAUAUCAUGGACUCCAUAGAACUGAACGUGAAUACCAUCCUGCUCACUGCCAUUCAGAAGAUAUUUGACUACACGAACAAAGCAAGACUGGUCACUUUACCUUACUUAAAGUCUUGUCAUGUGGAAUUUUGUUUAGAUGGAGAUGGGAACCCUUUGGAUCUGCUUGCUGCUGGAGUGCCUUCCUUGGUGGACUUGAAUGGGAGAGUGAAGAUGGGCGCUAAAGCAAAGAUGGCCGAAAAGAACAGGAGGGUAGCUGUUAUCCUUGAAAAAGAGGAGCAUUUCUUUGUCAACAAGUCUGGUGUUGAUGGCAGGGUUCUUCUAAAUGGCUGGGAAAAACGUCAUCGCAGACAUCUGAGUCUUUUGGGCUAUCACCAUGUGGUCACAGUGCCAGCAGACGCAGUGCUAGACCAAAGAGAACAACUGCUCAGUUUCCUUAGGCAAGAGUUCCAGAAGAUUCCAUGUAUGAAAUUAUGAAAUUAAUCUAAUGGAAAAAAGAGAGGUUGAUAUUCAUAUAUACUCUUUGAAUUCCAUCCAUUUUCCCCAACAGUGAUAACAAUAAUCAUCAUUUUUUUUUUUUUUUUUUUUUUUUUUUUGUAGGUCAAUUACUUUGGAACAUAGUUGAAAGUAAUCUUGUCAGCACACAUACAUACUUUCUAUAGAAUUUCUAAUCUGGGAAUUUUUAAGAAUUUAGGAAGGUGAAGUUUAAAGAACCAGUCCUGAAUGGAAUAGAUGGAAUAGCAAUUUUUUAGACCCAUAUCGUCUGAAAUAUAUACACAGUUAUGGAGGAUAUAGUUAUUUAAACCCCAAUUAAAGAUGUGAACACCAAUUCGAUAAGAUUAUCUGUUUGCAAUUUGAGACAUUAUGUCCUUUGUUUACAGGAAGACAUUCAGACCGAUUAUUGAUGAACUAUUCACAGAAACAAAAUUCUGGAACCACAAAUCACAUUUUGCAUGUUCCACAAUCAAAAUAAUUUUACUUCUUUUUUCCAGUACAUGCAUUUUUACCAGCUUUUGUAAUCACCAUAGGUGGUAAAAUCAAAUAAUUUUACAUGCAUAUCCUGAUACACGUUACAUUCUUAAAGAAU